AUGCGCCCGAAAGAGUUGGGGCAGGGUUCAGCCGGCGACUGGCCGGGACCCGGCGUUCCGGCAGCAGUCACCCCAGCUCCUCCGCCCGCAGCCAAUCCCGCUCCAGAGCCCUCCGUCGAGCCUGAACCCGCCCCUGUGCAGGUACCGGCGGCAGGACCGGUAGCAGGAUCCGGAUCCGCAACCAUCUCGGGACCCUCAGCGGGAGCUCGCCCGGCCUCCAAGGCUGGAUCGGAGGCAGGAGCCCAGCGCGCGUCCGCAUUCUUGGCAGUCCAGGGGAAUGCCCAGUCCGUGCCCAACAACUCGGACGCGCCGUGGACUCGCUUCAUAUUCCAAGGUCCAUUUGGGCCCCGGGCCGCUGGCUUGGGGACUGGAAAGGCAGCGGGCAUCUGGAAGACGCCGGCUGCCUACAUCGGCCGGCGGCCUGGGGUGUCGGGCCCCGAGCGUGCCGCCUUUAUUCGGGAGCUGGAGGAAGCACUGUGUCCUGACCUACACCCACCAGUCAAGAAGAUCACCCAAGAAGAUGUCAAAGUGAUGUUAAGUUUGCUAGAGGAGAGAGAGCGGGACCUGAACACGGCAGCUCGCAUUGGCCAGUCCCUGGUGAAACAGAACAGUGUUCUGAUGGAGGAGAACAGCAAGCUGGAAGCCAUGCUGGGCUCGGCCAGGGAGGAGAUUUUACGUCUCAGACACCAGGUGAACCUGCGGGAUGACCUCCUUCAGCUUUACUCAGACUCUGAUGAUGGUGAGGAGGAGGAGGAGGAGGAAGAAGAGGAGGAAGAAGAAGAAGAGGAGGACGAGGGGGAGGAAGAAGAAGAGCAGGGGCAUGAUGAUCCCUACGAAGCCUCAGACCCGACUCCUCUGACAGAGUCAGAGUCACACCGCUGCCCGCAGCUGGAGGCCCUGCAGGAGCAGCUGCGGCUGCUGGAGGAGGAGAAUGAGCAGCUUCGAGAGGAGGUCUCUCAAUUCGAUGACCUUGAGGAGGAGGAGCAGAUGUUCAUCCUGGAUUGUGUGGAGCGGUUUUCGGAGGCCAGCCAGCAGAUGGCCGAGCUGUCGGAGGUGCUGGCACUCAGGAUGGAGAACUAUGAACAGCAGCAGAGGGAGGUUGCCCAGCUGCGGGCCCAGGUCAUGAAGCUGCAGCGGUGCUGCCGGUCGUAUGGGGCUGAGGCUGAGAAGUUGCAGCAGCAGCUGGCUUCGGAGAAAGAAAUCCAGAUGCAGCUCCAGGAUGAGCUGCAGGACCUACGGGAGAAGUACUCUGAGUGUGGGAGCAUGCUGAUUGAGGCCCAGGAGGAGGUGAAGACCCUCCGCCAGCAAGCCCCAGCGUCCACUGGCUCUGUCACCCACUACACGUACACUGUACCUCUGGAGGCACUUCCUGAUUUCCAGGAGACCCUGGCUGAGGAGCUCAGAAUGUCUAUAAGGAGGAUUAUCUCAGACCCUGUGUUUUUUAUGGAAAGGAAUUAUGAAGUGACUCCAGAGGAGACCUCAGAUCUGGGAUAUGAGCUGCACCACAGUGAGGAUCGAGAGCAGGAGCAGGGGCUCGAGGCAGAGGAGGGGCUGAUGUCGGCUGAGCAUUUCGUGCCUGCGGAGGAGCUGGGGGCCACAGAAGAGGCGCUGCCAGCUGAGGAGGGGGUGACGGAAGAGGCAGAGCUGGUGUCUGAGGAGGCUGAGGCCUGGGAAGAGGUGGAGCUGGAGCUGGAUGAGGCAACGCAGAUGAAUGUGGUCACGUCAGCCCUGGAGGCCAAAGGCUUGGGCCCCUCGCACCUGGACAUGAAGUAUGUCCUCCAGCAACUGGCCAACUGGCAGGACGCCCAUUACAGGCAGCAGCUGAGGCAGAAGAUGCUCCAGAAAGGCUCCCCAACCCUGCAGCAGUGGCAGCAGCAGGCCAAAACAAACAUGGGGGGCGGGAUCGUGGAGGAGCAGCUGGGGGUGCCAACCCAGGACUUUCGGAGACUGGAGGAGGAAAGGGCCAAUCACCCUCCCAGGGCCUGGGAGGAAGAGCGGCCUUCUGGGGCCACCCAGGCCAUUGGGACGAAAGCCUCUGCCAGCAAGGGCCACAGUCGGACCAGUCCCCUGGGUGAGUCUGAAGGCCGUGAGAGCCCUGCCUUGAGGAGCUCAUGGAGAUAUCAAAGGUGAUUUAGUGAUGCGAAUUAUCUUCUUUAAUCCUCACACCCCUGUAGGUACGUAUUAUCCCCAUUUGGAGAGGAAACGGAGGUUCAGAGAGCAAAAUAAUUUGUUCAAGGCCACUGAACCCGUUUUCUUCACUGCUAUGCCAUAACAACUUCCCCGACCCAUCCCCCCCUCCCCUCUAACCCUGUCCUGGUGCCUUCUUGGCCUUCUGGGUGAGCUGUGAAGUUUAUAAACUGUUGGCAGCCUCACCAUUAUAUCUGAUCUGCCCUGACUCUGAUGGUCACUGCUGGGUGGCCUCAUCGGGGUCGCCAUGUAAGGUUGUGCAGGUUGUAAACUGAAUGGUGACCUCUAUGGCCGGGCAGUGGACAACCUUCAUAACUCUCAACGGUGGCUGUCUCUUUCUGAUAUAGCUGACCAGGCCUCGCCCCUGCCUGCUGCCCAGGCCAGACCUGUGAUCCUCAGGCCCCCAGUUCACGUCCACCCCCUUCUCUUCCAGGCUUUGCUGUUUCCCAGCAGCCUGCAGAGGCCCCACAGACAGGCUGAGGCCCCUCCUUCCGCUGCCUGGCCAAGCCCCACCCUCCCCAGACCUCCCUUCCCUGGCUCAGAAACCGGACCCCCGAUCUGUCACCAGGCCACCCGCUGUCCUGAUGAACCUGGGCCAGAACUUGAGGGCCCAAGCCUUGACCCUCUUCUGGGACAGGCUGAAGGAACCCCGGCCCUCGUUCUGCAGCUGGUGCAAAAGCUGUGGCUGCUGGGCCUGGAUCACUUGGUGGCCCCAGGGGCGUAAGAAGCCCAGGGGGUGUGAGAAGCCCAGGGGGAGGCCCACCAGCUACCAGACUCCGCUCUGAGCUGGGGCAGGGCUCAGGCCCGGGGUGUAGGAAGUUGUUUUGAGCACCUUGCUCACUGCAUGCCCCUCACCCCUUGACCCCCAAAUCAAAGGUGGCUUCCCAGUCCUUGGUGACUUUUAGGGACCUGGUCGUCUGUCCCGGUUCUUGGCUCUUUCUUCUCAGUCCCUAAUUGCUGUGUGUAACCAGAAGCAUCUGUCUGUGUGGGCGAGGACUCCCUCUGCCCGGGAUGGGGGUGCAGGGCUCGCUCCCCUCGCCUCCCCUCCCCACCUCCCCGCCUGUGGCCUGUGAGUGUCCACGCUCCCUCCCAAGGCCCUGUCACUCCCCACCACGUCCUCUCCUCAGUGCCCCUUGUUUCCUUGUUCUAGAUGUUUCGCCCUUUCCCACCCCUUACUCAUAAACACCUGGAGUCGGGGGCGCAGGACCCCCGUCGGUAUCUGCCCACCUCCCCGCUGUGCUUCUCACGCUCCUGUUGCUUGUCAGCCCGUGUACGUGCCGGUGCAGGAAAUAAAGGACCUGU